UCCAAUAUGGCGGUCUUUUUCUAGUGGAGAAUUGUUUCAUCUCACAUGUGAGUAUAGGUAAUUUGGCGUCAUAUUUUGAAUACUGACCAGUAUAACGACCUAAAAGAGUUAAAGCCAUCUCUGUUUAGAGGGGUAAUGCAUUGUGGAUGGUCACACUGAGCGUGCGGAUUCGCUUUGGGCACCACAGAAACUUGUGUUUGAAUACAGUUACCGCCAGCGAGUUCCCGCUAUCGAAGCAUCUAUUGUUCGCUAAAUGUCACGUUGUGGGAUUCUUGGAGGGUUGGUUUGUACACUCGAUUAAGAGGAUAAGAUAUUUUCAUGGAUUAUCAUGAGUGAUCAAGGAACCAGUGAACAAGCCAUCAAUGGACCUAAAUGCAUUGAAAUUCCACGAGGCUGGAGCCGGAUUCUUGAAAAUGGUUCCAUUUUGUACAUCAGUCCAAACAACAGCCGAUUGAGGUCCUUAGAAAAUGUGAUUGAGUAUCUCAAGACAGAUGGAACCUGUAAAUGUGGACUGGAGUGUCCCUUUUUCAUUCACAAAGUGUUCAACUUUGAUGCAAGAAUUCCAAGCAAGCCUAUUCUAGUGAACAGCAGAGCAGAACCUUUGCAAUCAGGGUGCAAACACUGUGUUAUUGACUAUUUGGAUGUUUCAAACAACCUUCAGCAGUCAUCAGAAGCCACAGGAAAUGAAGCUAGUGAUGCCAAACUGUCAGGAUUUUCAGCAGUGGCCCCUAAAAGAGGUCCAGGAAGACCUCGCAAUCCCUUAUCCAAGUCACGGAGAGUUGCUGUACUAAAGCAUGACCUUGACAGAUCAACCUCACCACUCCACAACAUUCCUCUUCCUGUUCCAAGCUCCAUUGCCAACAGUCCUGUCCAGAGUGUUCCAGCCAACAUUGCAGUUGAACAGGGCCCCUUGCCAAGCUUUGCGACCAUUGUGAGUAGUUCAAAACUCUUUAACCCAGGAGCAGGCCUGGGGAAUACUAAGUUGGUGAGUAGUACUGUAACAAGUGUGGUAAACGGUUCUCCUAUAGCAGCAGUGACAGCACAUCCAUCAAAGACAGCCACUACAACAGCUAGUGUUAACUCAGCUCCAAGCCACAGUGCCUCAGCAACUACAUCAGCUGUUACUACUUUGGCUACAAUGGGACAGACUGUAAUGGAAGUUACUAAAACUACAGCCUCUGUUGCAACCACAGUAGUUGUCAGUCAUCAGCACACAGCAGUUGCUGCAGCAUCACAACCGAUUAGAGACCAAACAGAAAAUACUCUGCCAAAGAGUACUAGUUCUUUGAUCUUUGGUGCAGCAAAUACUCCCUCAACCAAUUUGCCAUCCAAUAGUAAGGAACCUAGCAGGUUAACAGUAUCAAGUUCAGUGGUGUCCACAAGCACAACAACAAUUUCAACUGGCACACAGGGUGUAAAGUCAGUUGCCAAUAUUAAUAAACUUCCUGAUGUCAAAGCUACACCCAAAGUGUCUGCUCCACGCACCAGCAAAGCAGCGAAAUCUUAUGGACCAAGAAAAACAGUUGCAGCGACUCUCAAAGCUGCUGCUGCUGCGAAGGCAUCCAAUCCCACAGCUGAUGCCGCAAAACCUGGUGUUAGUGACCUUAUUCAACGAACAUAUCAAACGACUUCUACUGCCGCUGCUUCUGUUCCCUCUUCUGAGAAGAAGCUGGCAGCCAGUAAUGCAUCGAAAUCUCCCGCACUGUCUACACCAAGUGUCGCAACUACUGUUCAAGCACCAGCGUUAUUCCAUAGUGUGCUUAAAGAUGCAAUAAUGAAUGAACAAGGUAGCGCUGUUACUUCAACUUCACCAAGUACAACUACUACUGUAAAAAAUAUUACCAGCACAACAAAUGCCGCACUCGAUCACAGUUCAAGAGGAUCUCAGUCUACGAGUAGUGCUUCCUCUCGUAGUAAGUCUGCAGCAAACAAGGAAACAACCCAAGUGACAACAGCUUUGCUUCAUGGCGUCCAAGUGAGUCAUUUACCACCAAGUGUGUCCCAGAAGGUACCAGCUCACAGGCCUUCACCACAACUGCCAGGAUACCCCAUUUCGUCAGGUGCCUUUGGCAGCCAAGCGCCACUUGCAACAACAAGUCAACAGCAGAAUGUUACAGCUGCCACCAUGGCUCAAAGUUCGGCUCAAACAUCAGCUCCUGUGAGCAUCUAUGGACAGGCGCAGCAUACAGCUGGCUCGUCUCAAAUACCAUCCUUGCAGAUCACAGCAUCGCAAGCUCAGGGAGGUGUUUUCUUUCAAGGCAACGGAAAUCAAGUAUUCCAAAUGAAUGUGGAUUCAAGCCAGCUGAAGGGCGCUUAUCAACUUCAUGGAGCACUUUACCAAGGAGCUAUUCCAGCGACAUUUCUUGCUACAACUAAUGUGAACAAGGCUGCAUCAUCUAAUACACCAGGAGGGAUCCCUCAUACGAUGUACCCCACGAACCCCUAUAUGCUUGGCAUUGUGAUGCCCGCUGCCUUAACGCAAUCUAUGCCAAACCAGCCUGGUCAAUCUGCACCAACAACAGCAACGUCUCCAUCAGCAACAGCUGCUGCGGCUGCGGCUGUUGCUGCGGCAACCCCAGUAGCGUCGUACUCUUACAAUAAUCAAAAUGCAGCAAUCGCUGCAGCAUUUGAGUCAUUUGUUCCCAUUGCACCAGCUGCGUCUCCAAGGUUUUCCCAAACUCUGGCUCAUUUAGCAAGUGCGUACACCCCAUUUUUGCCAAGGGGUGCUGUGCAAGGCAACGCCCCAGUGCAAUUUGCUGCACAAAGGAUGUUAUCGAUGGGAACGAUGCAUCCUCAAUCAGGUGGAAACAGUCAAAUGGGGCAGACAGUUCUUAAUCUUGGAGAUUACACCGUUAAAUAUCCACUAAAUACGGCGAAACCUGGAUCAUACGGUACACAAUCACCCUCUGUUAGUAGCGUUAGUCAAGCUAACACUCAUCAACAACAGACAGCUGUCGUUGCUGCAAUGCCAUAUGUCGCGUUCGGCCAAGUCAACCAUCCUCGCUUUCCGUUUUCUGUGAAUUUUGCGUCGCCAAGUGCCAGUACAACUCCGUCCGUGACAUCAUCUUCGCCGUCACCAGCUUGUAGUUUCGUCACAUCUGCCACCACACCUCAUCAAUAUGGGGCCUGUAGUAGCUCAGAUUCCCACGCCGUGCCCGGGUAUGUGGCGAUGCCGUUUAGCACCAGCUCAGGAAGUACAACUCACUCUUCUUCAGCUCCCACCCCACAUCCUGGCAGUGCAUUCUCUCCUCCCUCCAGUCAUACGGCUACAAGCCACAGUAGUCAAAGGGUGGAUGUAUCAGGACCUGCUCCACACCUAUCUUCAUGGUGUGGAACUAAAAGUUUAACUGGAGCAACAAAUCAACGAAGAUGCAGUACUCCUGAGAGUACAAGCACAGGGGCUUGCAGUGUGGCUAAUUCAAGUGCUUUUUCUGUUCCAUCAAGCAGAAGUAGCUGUAUGGAAGUCAGUACUUCGUCUGUGACUGCGCCCAAAACACCAAGUUUCAGCCCGUCGCCCAGGCUUCCUGGAGUUACGUCUCCCUUGAACUCACCACUGACUAUGCUUCCUCCUAAUCAGGGGGUAUCUGCUUGCCGCGCGUCACCAAAGAGUGAUUCAUCCCUUUCAAGCGGUAGAAGCAACAUAGAAAGCGUUCCGUCUCGUUGUCAAUCGUUAAGUGUGAAUGAAAGUCACCCGACGAAAACGUCUUCAUCUGAUACUUCUUGCGCUCCUAAGAGAGCUUCUUAUAGUGACUCUAGUGAUCAAUCCAAAAAGGCGAAAUAUGAUGAGUCAGCGUAUUAUGAAGCAUAUCCGCUACUGGGUCUGAAGAGAUCUUGUGAGGCCAUAGAAGCGUAUUGCAGCCCAGAGAGAGACGAUGAGGAGGAGGAGGACAAUGAAAUAGGUGAUCGUACGGUGUCAAAAAACGAUUCACCUUCCCCUGUAAACCACCAAUCAGGGGAAGAAAAUGUAACCAGCAAAAAAUGUAGCAACUUAAACAACGAAAACGGCAGCAGAGGAUUAGCAAACAGCGACAAUGAACCAGUCAGCGACAAGCGCCAGUCUCACUCGGUGUAUAACGGAGACGUUUCAGCCAAUCAAAAAGAGAGAUCAAGAGACCAAAGUGUACAAAUGGUCACUGACAACGCGUUUCCUAAUGUCAAGACGAAUCCCUUGUCAUCUAACACGCCCAAUAACCAAGAAUGUCUGCGCGGGCCUUCCGUACCCAUUACAAGACCCCAGUUUGAUAUCGGUGAUAUUGUAUGGGCACAGGCGAGGGGACUGCCAUCUUGGCCGGGCAAGGUCGUGGAUGCAAGCGAGGUUGGGAAAGGAAGACCUGAUGAUGGAAAGCGGUGGGUGAUGUGGUUUGGUGACCAUACAUUCAGUCAAGUUGAAGUGGAUAGACUCAAGACUCUCUCUGAAGGACUUAGAACACUCGACGACAAAGCUCGCAAGAAAAAGUACAAGGCUAAGAAGGCAAGGAUUGGGUUGGAACAAGCAAUUAGUGAGGCUUUAGAGGCUCUCGAUGUGAGGGAACGUCUUCGAGGUAGGCAAGCUUCCAGAUCGAAAGCCAAAAAGAAACGCCUUAGAUGACGACGCAAGCAGCAAUUGAAUCGUAUUUGAAUUCUUUUUAAGUGGGUCUCGUAGAAUUUGUGCUUAUAUUAUAGACAAGUAGUAAUAUAUUACUGGUACUAAACCAAACACGCAAGCUAAGUACACAGGAAGUUAGUGGUUGUGAAGUACUCAUUUACUACAAAUAACUUUUUAUCUUUAGAGCCAAUUUUUUGAGCAGAAAGAGAAACAGAACCAUUUCUCCAUAAUGAGUUUCUUAGCAAUUAAUCAUAAUUCUGCAAUCUUUUAUAGACUAAAAAAACGCAGGAAAACUUAAUUGAUAUGUAAUAAUUUCAACCAGGGCCAUGUGUAUAAGUAUCUUUAAAAAAAUCGAAGCAAAAACGUGCAGCCGACCCUAUGUCAUUUAAUUGGCUAAGGGGACGAUGGUCACAGUAUGAUAUGCGUAUUCUGCUAACCAGUAACCCACGGUUAGAAAACUGGGUCGAGUACUCGAAGUCGAGGCUUUAAUCUAUAAGGCAAACAAACUCUUCUUUUGUGGUUUGACUUGUGUCUUCUGUUUUUUUUUUUUGUCGUGUUGCGAGAACUUUUUAUAAUUAUUGUUAUUAUUAUUAUUAUUAUUAUUAUUAUUAUUAUUAUUAUUUUACUAUUAUUAUUAUUGUCAAUAUUAGCUCGAUGUUCGCCGUCCUCUCGAAUGCGGACUUCGAUCCUCCCAAGACUAAAAAAAGGAAUGAGUGUGGGCUCAUUUCCCGUACAGCGGCAAGCCACUAAACUAAGCGAUUUGUUUCUUGUUUUAUUUUUGGCGCCAAGUAAGCUUCGACUUUGUGUGCACGACCUACUUUUCAUGGUUCAUUUACAACGAUAUGGAACGCGACCCACCGGGAAUCUUAGAUUGACCAUCCUGGAGGAAUAUUUAUUUAAUUUUGAUGAAACUUUUUUUUCGCAGGAAUUGACGUAUUUUCUAGUAAUCGUUUGUUUAUCGUUUUCUUUGCACCUCCUAGUCCACGCCUGUUUCUCGCAAUCCUCCUCUUCGAAUUGGCACAUCUUUAUGUUUUAUUUGUCUGUGUAUUUGUGCUAUUUUCUGUACCUUGGUCCUGACGCAGUGAAACUGAUAAAAAUGGAACAAAAAUGUUCUUAUACUUCUUGUGAUUGACUUGAAGUUGCUUGUUCAAGUUUUCCUUGUUAUCACUUACCUACGUUUAAGUAUUUUGAACAGUUUUUCACAGACUCAAAAAACUGACUGUAGGUGUCUAUACUGACGUACUAACAUAACUCACUACAGAAAGUAAGCAUUGGAGAGGAGAGCCCAAAUUAAAAGGUGAUACUGAGGAAUAGCGGGCUUAAACUCCAAUUGUUAAAGGCGAUUUUGAAAAACUGAGGCUCAAUUUUUUAGAUAUACGAACUAUGAAGUAGUUCCUUCAAACCACACAUGAGAGUCCCAAUGUAUUUCUUGCGGGGUGGGGUGGGGGGGCAGGGCAGGCGGUUCGUACCUUUUUUUGAGGGGAGGGGAUAGUAUUCACAUGAAAUUAAAUAGUGUUGAGUAGUCUUCCUGUAGGCGUUUCAUCAAAUCAACGGAUGAUUUUAUGGCAAGAAAUUGCCACCUGUAAAUAAUAGUUUGUUGCCCGAGUCUUUCCGCAUGAAUUUGGUACAGCAUGUAAAUUUCUUUUGUACAGUCUCAGAGUCCCACCCUUCUUUGUUGUUAAAUGGGACAGCAGCUCAAAGAUUUUCUCCGCAAUACCAAGCGUUGCGUGACCACUUAAUUGACAGCCGUAAUAAUAGCUCAUGUCACGCAAUUCGCCGACUAACAUGGUACAUUGCGUAUUAUUCCGGGUGCUUUUCUCGAAGUUACGCUAUAACGAUGUCUGUAGAUCCAUGAAAACCUGGCCUGUUAUAUGAUACCCGGGCACAAACGGGUGUAUAAAUUAGUCGGGUUUAUUUUUGUAAGGGAACUUGGUAUUGUACAUAGCUGUAAUUAAAUUUUUUCAGUGGUUACUAAUUUAUCGUCGAUUUGGGUGUAGAUCCAAUUCGAAUUCUUGGAUCUAAUUGCUCAGCUUUCUCCAAAGUAGUUACGGACUAAAGUUGAACAGAUGCUAACUUCAAUCAUUAAAAUUAACGUGUUAAAAUUUA